AUGCACCAUGCGCUUUACGAUUUCUCUUCAGUGCCACUGCUUGUAAAAAAGGUGAACGAUGUUCACUUAGGCAAACAACUGGCUGCUUCAGCUCCAUUCCAGAAUUUUGUGAAGCAUAUUAGAGAGAUGGAUGUCUCUUCCGCAGAAAGGAUAUGGAAACAGCACCUGGAUGGUAACGAGGCACCCAUCUACCCUCCACUUCCGAACAUCAAAUAUCGCCCGAAGGCAGAUCAGACGGUGUCUUGCGUAAUCAAAGAACUCCCGUGGUCACGCGAAGCCGGCACCCAGACGAUGCCGAUGGUCUGGGCGGCAUGGGCCGUCCUCAUGGGCCAGCACGCAGCUACAGAUGAAGCAGUCUUUGGAGUAACUACAUUUGGACGACAAGCCAACGUAGCUGGCAUCGAGAGCAUGACUGGCCCUACUAUGGCAACUAUACCAUUAAAGGUAGAGCUUUCCAAGAAAAUUACUGUCACGGAAUUUGUAUGCAGACUACAACGGUCAGCAGCAGAGCUAGACACAGUUGAGCAUUACGGGCUGCAAAGAAUCUGCAAGAUCAGCAUCGAUGCGGAGAGAGCUUGCGAAUUUCAGACUCUUGUCGACGUUAAUCUACAGGAAGAGUAUCUGAAUCCAAAAGAUGGACCAUUCGACCCAAGCUCUCUAGAGAAUGUCUCUGCCUCUGACAAUGCCCAAAACGGGCCACUCUUUAGCACUUUCGCAUUGAAGGUCCAAUUCAAAUUGCUAGCAUGCGUCGGGCGCGAUGAAGCGAGUUCUCCCCAACGUCAGCUCGAGCAUGUUCUCCGGCAACUUUGCGAUCCGAGAAAUGCUGGUGUAAAGCUAUCAGACAUCGAUUGGACAGGUCCGAGCGAUUUGGAGCGCAUUUGGACCUGGAAUGAGACAGUCCCUCAGAGGGCCAACGACUGCGUACAUGACUUGAUGUCACAAACAGCCCGCAGCCAGCCUGAUGCCCCAGCUAUCUGUGCUUGGGAUGGUAAGCUUACAUAUGGAGAGCUUGACCGAAUGUCUACCGACUUGGCUCACUACCUAGUCAGCCAGGGUGUUGAAAGAGGUACCAUAGUGCCAUUAUGCUUCGAAAAAUCCAUGUGGACAUCCAUUUCACUUCAAGGAGUAAUGAAAGCAGGCGGCGCUUGUGUUACUAUGGACAUCACCCAGCCAGAAGCCCACUUACAGCGCAUUGCUCGUCAGGUCUCAGGAAAAGUUCUUCUAUCGUCGGUUGCCAACAAAGCGAUGGCGGAACGACUGGCAGGCGAUCACACGAACGUGAUUAUACCCGAGGCUUUCUUUUCACGGCCCAUGAGUAGAAAGUCGAACACCUAUUUGCCUACUGUCGACCCAUCAGACAGGGUCUACAUAGUCUUUACGUCUGGAAGUACCGGGACACCAAAAGGCGCUAUGAUCACCCAUUCUAAUUUCAGUUCUGCCAUUCUCCACCAACGCGGACCUCUCGGCAUGCAACCCAAGGAUAGAGUUUUUGACUAUGUGUCGUAUGCGUUUGAUGUUUCGUGACUGAAUGCAUU